AUGUUGUGGGAGCUUGUGACACAUUUCUCUAAUGGAUGCCGAGGUAUUAGCUUUUUCCAGCAUUCACAGCUCUCUUUUGGGCAAGACCUGCUGCUCCUUGAGGCUGAAGAGCAUCACUUGAUGGUGGCAGCCCCGGGAUGCGAUGCCUUCUUAGCCAAAGGCUCCGCUGCUCUGGGCAAGCUGAAGGAGCUCUGUAACGAAGGGAAAGGACAUCCUUCCACACUUCUGCAACUCUAUACACAGGCUGUCUUAGACAUUACAUAUUUUGAGGAAAACCAGCUUGUGGAUGAAGAUUUUCCAGAAGAAUCUUCCUUGCAAAAAGUUACAGAACUUAUUUGUGUUCUUUCAGAACCAGAAGACCUAGUGAGGGAAUGCAACAUAAAUGAAGAACUCAUCAACAUCCUUGGUGUAGAGUUGUUAGAAUGUCUUUACUGGAGAAAAGGAGCCCUGCUUUACAUGUAUUGUCAUACAGCAAAAGAAAGGAGUGAAUGGCUUCAAGAGAACAUUGCCAUAUUUAAAAAGUGUCUUAAUGAUGGAGUUCAUUACUUGAUGAAGAUGCUUAACUUUAGAUGCCCUCUUGAGUUAAAUGAAGAUGUCUCCUUUCAAGAUAAAGACACAGCCAGGUUGCUCAGUGAAGGUGUAUUUAGUGACACUCACUUGCUGGCGAUGAUGUACAGUGGAGAAAUGUGCUACUGGGGACUGCAACACUGUGGAGAAGGGGAGGAGGAAAGCCUAGAGACGAUAGAUCCCACCUCUAACAGUGGCCUGGGCUGCAGAUCACAGAGCACGUCUCUGGACUUCCGAGAAACGGGCAGAAACAUGUUAUCGAAGUACGUGGCCGUGUGCCAGGGACCUUUGAGAGACCAGGGCUGGAACACAGGAGCUGCAAAACAGAUGUUGUGUUGCUUCGUGAAAUCUCACAGCUAA